AAAAAUCGUGUCAUGUUGUUAUGUCAAAAGUUUUACAAAAACGCGAAAACAAACAGACAAUAAAUGGUUUAAAUAUUUGAUAAAAAAAAAUGAGUAACUCAGAUAGUGAUGAAGAUAAUCCAAUAACAUAUGGAACUCCUCUGGAUCCUGUAGAUGAUGAUGACAUCCCCUCAAAGCGCAAGUAUCAACAACCCCCAGACCAGUAUGCAGUGGACGCUCAUGGCAGGAGACGGUUCCAUGGGGCCUUCACAGGGGGCUUCUCAGCAGGAUAUGGCAAUACCGUUGGUACUCCCGAAGGCUGGACUCCCACUGCUUUCAAAAGCUCCCAGUCUAACAAAGCUUCAGUGUCGGUACAGAGGCCCGAAGACUUCAUGGAUGAUGAGGAUCGCGACGAGUUCGGCAUAGCGCCGCGACACCUGCAGACUCGCAGCGACUUCACGGGACAGAAGAGAAAACAUCAGCGCUACCAUGAGGGGCCCAUACCUGGUGAGCCAGUCCUCGAGCAAUUACUCAAAGCUGUUCACGAGACGGCUGCGGUCAGGAUGCUUCGUGCUAUGGGCUGGAGACCAGGCCAAGGCACUGGAGAUAGACUCACAAAGGAAGAGAAGAGGAAACGGCACACCCAACACAAGGUGUACGGUUGCUACAUGCCCCCAGAAAUGAGGCAGAACGAAGAAAACGCUCCCGAAUCCAGCAGCUCAGAUUCUGAGUACGAGUAUGACACGUUAUUCGCGCCGGACGACUAUGAACCUUAUAUACUGCACCGUAAGAGCGAUCGAUUCGGGCUCGGCUACUCGGGUUUAAGCAGACAUUCAGUGUUGGGUAGCCUCAGUGGACAUUACGGGGAGACUUCUACAAAGAGUCAUUUGGUCAUGAGAGAAAAAGGGAAAAAGGUGUCGAUAAGAGGUCAAGCUUUCGGCGUGGGUGCUUUCGAAGCGGACGACGAAGAUAUUUACGCGACGGAAGACAUGUCGCAUUACGACUUCGCGUUAGGUGGCGCUGAUGAUAAACCCAAGAAGACCGCCAACAAGGACAAGGGAGUCAACGUGCUGGUAGGUUUCGUGAAAGCAAGCAAGCCUUUACCACAAGUCCCAUCUUAUCCCCCGCCGGCUUUACCGCGCGACUAUAGGCCGGCCGAAGCUGGAACCAAAAGGUCCAGGUUCGAACCCACUGCGGCACCACAGAGAGACCAAGGCCUCGGCCGCCACGAGCUUACAGCGGAAGCCCGAGGCGCUUUACUAGGCGAACAGCCGGUCCUCAAACUCCCAGACCCGAUAGAAACCCCACAAGUAACUCCAACACCACCAGAAGACGCCAUAGCUAAAAUCACCGGUCGUAACGUUAAUUUCGUUUCCACGAACGAGAACAAGGAAUUAGAUUUUAUCCCUAUAAAAGAAACUGGAGAUAAUGUACCGAAGACAUUUAGACCGUUUCUGAGUGUGCCUGAGAAACAGGCUAGAUAUGAGAGUUAUUUGAGGGAUAAGGAAGCGUUUAUGAGGGAGGGAGAUAGCAACAUUGAUGCUGUUAGUGAGUGGGAGAGGAACAGGGAGCUUGCUGAGUUCGAGCAAGCAGCAAAGUUGUAUAAACCUUUAACCGGGUUCAUCGGUGACAGAUUCACGCACGCUUCGGAACCAGACGAAGGCGCCGUAAAUCCUUUAUGCGCUGUCGCUAAAAGCACCAACAGCUAUGGUCUAGCCACGCCCGAGCAGAUAGAAGCAGCGAAGCGGGGCGUUUAUGGACUCAUGACGAGAAAGGAAACAAAAUGGCGGCCUGAAUCGUUGGUCUGCAAGCGGUUCAAUAUACCAGACCCGGGUGGAGUGAGGACGGAAACUAAAACCGAAGACAAACCAAAGGUUUCGUACUCCAUAUUCUCGUACAUGGAGUCAUCAGUGCACGAUAAGGACAGCUUCGCCAAAGAACAGCACAAAUUCAGUGGUUCCAGAUCGAUGAACCUACCAAAACCAAUACAAACCACGCCCCAACAAAGCGGAAACAGCUCUCAAGUCACACAGAACAGAAGUGAUAAUCUAGCACCCUCAACUAGCACUGAAAACGAAGGUUUCAGUAAAAGAAUGACUGUCGCAGACUUGUUUAUGAAAGAAUCAGAAAAAGAUAUGAAAAGCAAAGAAAACGUCAAUGAAACUAUAGAGAAAUUUGAUAAAAUGGAUCUGUACAAAGCUAUUUUUCUAAGCGACAGCGAAGACGAAAAUGAGGAACCGAAAACGGGUACAACAGAUGACAAAACCACUGAAGCGGACGAUUUUAUGGACAAACCAAAGAAUGUUGAAAGGAACACUUCACCACCGCGUGGCAUUUUCGCUAACAUUGAUUUUGACGAGUUGAAUUCGUGGCGGAGAAACAUCGGGCCAAAUAUGUCUAUAAACAACGCUAAAACUGAUGACAGUAAACAAGAUGGAAGAGUUAAUGAUAAAGAAAAAAUAGAGGCUGCGGCUAAAAACGUAGAAGCCGAUGUCUAUGGUCCGAAAAUACCAGAAAAUCUUCAAAAAAGACUUGAAGGGGAGACCGAUCCAGAUAAGGAAUUUAAACCAGUUUUUAGACGCAAGACUGAUAAUGGAAAAGAUGUAGUUGAAGUGGACUCUUCCAGUAGUUCCGACUCUUGGGUUGACGUUAAAGAGGUGAAAGCCAAAAAACACAAAAAGAAGAAAAAGAAACACAAAGCGAAACACAAAAAAGGCAAACACAAGAAGAAGGACAGAUGAACUUAAUAAUGUACAAGGAGGAAGGUGGUGUUU